AUGGCGCAGCAACAGAAGGCAGCAACGGCAGCGACUUCAGCCAAUCCUCCAGCUGUAUGGCAGGUUCAGAAUCCUGUUCAGUCUGUGGCACCCACCAUCUUACGAUUAACAAAACUCAAUCGACAGGUAGGUAAAAUAAAAUGAGCACAUAGCCAUAGGGUGAACUAGUGCAGUGCUGAACAUUAGUGAAUGAUAAUAUUUUCCAGGGCAGUCCCACAUGCAUAUUUGUUUGUUGUAUUACCGUCGUUUGCUUAAUAGAAGGACUUUCAAGGCGGUAAUUAAUAAUGGAAACGCGACAAAACUACAAAACGUGAAAGGGCAUAUUGGCACAAUGUCAGUCUACCAAAUUCUGAGAUAUUUCACAGGAUUAAGGCCCGUUUAAGAGGGCUGUAGGCAAAAAAUAUUUUUUAGCUUAUGUUGUUGAGCCUGAUGUCAAUGUGUUAGGCGUUUAAUUUGAAGUGGCUGUUUAUUCAGGUUUAAACAAAACACCCAAAAUACAUGUGAUAUGCUCGCAAUGAAUCAACUGAUGAAUAUGCAGCGUAUAACUAAAUUUUAUUUAAACAAAGUCUGCUGUACAGUAUGCACCCUAGUUAGAACUACGUACUUCAAUAAAUAGUGCCCCACCCCCGGCAAUAAUCAACGAUAUAUUUUCAAUACAUGCACUUUUUGUUUGGAACACAACUUUCUUGUACACAACUUUUGAUAUUCAGCACGACUUUUAGUUUACAAGAUAGUUUUUAGUGUAAAGUUUCACUUUACACUAUUGUGAUGAGUGGCGAAAAUUCACACGAAUCAGUCAGUCAUUCAGUCAUUCAGUCAUAGAGUAAACUUUCCGGGAGGUGUAUACGAUUUAUGUUCGUAGUGAUUUAUUGUACUUAGUCAGUGCGUUGAAGGUUAUUUAGCCAAUUUCAGUUGUCUUAUUUAAAUAUUCUUUAGGCCUUUUGCCAAGUUCACAAAAAUUUCGAGGAAUCGUUGUGUUAUUGCAAAUUUUAUAACAUUCGCUUCUCGUCGGCUUCUCGUGUUGUAAAAGGAUUUUUACCCCGGAACACCCGAUUUUUUCUUUAGCAGCGCGAAUGCGCAUGCGCUAUCAAGCCGCAGAGCAACGAUAGCGUGACGAUGUUACGAAGGAGCGAUAAGUGUUGUUUUCAAAUAUAUAAACAUUUCAGACGCGACGAGAAUAUUAAGUAAAUCUUUGAGAAUCUACGCAAUAUACUGUAUAAAUCUAUGUUAUGCAUUACGUACGGGCAUUCAAUCAAAUACCGAUAUUAUUUAGAUGGUAUAUUCAUUAUAUAGAGCUAGGAAGGAGCUAGACAGUGCUUUUUUUCAAAUGUAUAAACAUUUUUAUUUAUCUACGUUUCGACUAUAUUUCAGUCAUCGUCAGGAUAAACAUUUCAGACGUGAAUAUUGAGAUUCUAGGCAUUGAAAUAUUGAAUUAAGUGCCGAUAUUAUUUUGACAGUAUAUUCAUUAUACAGAGCUAGGAAGGAGCGAUACAGUGUUGUUUUCAAAUAUAUAAACAUUUCAGAUAUGAAUAUUGAUUAUUGAGAAAAUCUUUGAGAUUCUACGCAAUAUAUAAAUUGAUGUUUUGUAUUUUACCGGCAUUCAAUUAAUAUUUUAAGUGCGGAUAUAUAUUGUUUAGACCGUAUAUUCAUUAUACAUCGACUGUAUAAGGUGCUAUACCACAGAGUAGAGGUAUCCAACGUGUGCAGCCACGGGUCUUGUUCACAUAACAUGUCUAGCACAACGUUGUAAACUCGUGUUCAAUGACAAUGCAAUAUCAAUGAGAACAUUGAUUGAGAAUCUCUACCAGAUCUUACGAGAAUAUAUAUGUGUUGAAGCUUGUCAAACUGCUAUAAACACUGCUAUAACUGUGAAACUAUUGAAAUCUAAAGUGACAUUGAAUACAUGCGAAAAGCUGAAAAUGACUCAUGAAACACAACUUGAUCUUGUCAUCUUGGGAAUAUAAAGUCAAAGGUCAAUGUUCUUGUUAUUGUGCAUCAGUCAAUUCUACGAUUGCCGAUCCCCCCCGGGCUACCCCCGGGCAUUUGCACUUUUUUUUUCUUUAAGUUGACAAUUUCCCGGGGCAGAGCAGGAAAAGCGUGGCAAUGCCCCGCCCCUGGGCCAAAGAAAUAACGACAAAUGCCCGGCACACUGACUCAUUUAUAGAAUGUCUUUUAGACCUCUUAAGAUUUACUUGACAAUAAGUUUCCUUGUAUAAAAGCUGCAGUAGUCAUCCCAGCUUUUGAACAACAAAAACGUGCUCAUCUGUUCGGUGGUUAUACAAUAACGUAGCAAAAUAAAUAAUCCUCGUUUUUAUUCUCGAAUUCAAGGAUAUUAUUCAUCAUUAGUGUUCACGAGCUUCGAUCGCGUUUAUACGUCAAACGGCAAACACCAAGCAAAGAAAAAUUUUACGGUAUCAGGCAAUAAAGAGUAAAUGGACUUGUUGUUUUAAAACUACAAUUCAUGCUCAUUCUUUCGACACAAGAAAGAAAAUAUGAAACGAAAAUUACGGUUAUACAAUAACGUAGCAAAAUAAAUAAUCCUCGUUUUUAUUCUCGAAUUCAAGGAUAUUAUUCAUCAUUAGUGUUCACGAGCUUCGAUCGCGUUUAUACGUCAAACGGCAAACACCAAGCAAAGAAAAAUUUUACGGUAUCAGGCAAUAAAGAGUAAAUGGACUUGUUGUUUUAAAACUACAAUUCAUGCUCAUUCUUUCGACACAAGAAAGAAAAUAUGAAACGAAAAUGUUCAACGAAAAUUUUGCCAAGAAAGUUCGAACUUGCCGUUUGCUGCCUCCCGGAAACGUGAAGCUUAAACUCCUUAAUAACACGUGUUUGUUGCAGAAACGUCCGGUCGAGACAAAUGCCCGGCUGGUAAACAAUUCCCCCUCCCCCCCUAAACAAUUCCCCGCCCCCGGGACAACUUUGCAAGUACCAAUGCCCGGCCACCGGGCAAAGAAAAGGUUACAAAUGCCUGGGGGUUGCCCGGGGGGGGGGCAAUGCUAGAAUUGACUGAUACAUUGUGUAAACAUGUCACAAUUAGGUUAAAAUGCGGAAGCGGAUGCGGGACGGAGCGGAUCCACGGAGCAGAUGCGGAACGGAUAUGGAAAUAAAAUGGGGAACGGAUAUGGGGAUAAAAUGCGUUAUUUUUUUAUAUUUUAGUUUUCGCCUCAUUUUUACGUUUCUGUGUUUUUGAUUUAUUUUUUUGUAAUGGAUUAACGUCGUAUUAACUAGUUAUACGGCUAUUUCAAUUAAAGAGAGUCACUGAGACAAUAGUCAAAUGUGCAAUAUGGGCGCUAAAAGGAUGAUGGGAAUAAUCAUAGUUUUAAAUAAGUUUAGUAUAUCAGUAGUCUCGUGGGGAUACUUUUAGCGACAGCUCCCAAUGCAAAUAUAGUUUUAGAAUAUACAAAAUUUGGUUGUUGGUGAAACAAUUUAAAUUUCGAGUUGUCGCGUGUAGCAUCACAAUAAAUAAAUAAAUUGUAUCAGUUCCACGAGGCACGACGUUUCUAAUGUGUUACGCUUGUUUCAAACGUCACGGCUGCUCGUGUGCCGAACGCCUUAAAAACAAUAGAUAAUGAGAUGAAAUGCAUAUAUGCUGUUUAUUUCGUAGUGUAAGCCAUCAGCUUUACAAAACAGAAAGUCGUCAUGCCCAAAUAAGAGUUUUUACAAUUCCACAUUUAAUAAACGAGUUACGAAGGGAGUGAUAAGGACUUGUUUAUCCGUAAAAACGUUGUUCUAAUCCACAUUUUUGAGUGACGUGCCUGCUUUAGCCUAUGCCUGUCCUUACUGUUCUAGGUUGUCGGCGACCCUAUACAGUUCUUGCCGUGUCUUUUUCAAUGAAACUUUACACUAUCCUUGGAUCCCUAGUUUAUUAUUCAUGUUCGUUAAGUUAAUGAUUCCCUGAUGAUUCUUAGGCAUACGUACUUUGAACCAAACUUUUAAUUUAAAACAAUAUCUAUUUAAUAUGGUGACAAAGAACCAUGUAGAUAUGUUUGAAACAAAAUUUACAAUGAUUGACACACUCGCGUUCCUAUCUUACUUCAGUCAAAUUUACCGUCUCUACGUAUGGUGCAGCAACAGAAGACAGCAACGGCGGCGUCUACAGCCAAUCCUCCAGCUCUAUGGCAGGUUCAAGUUGUGACAGCUAGCCGACCCACUAUCUUACGAUUAACGAAACUCAAUCGACAGGUAGGUAAAAUAAAGCGAAUAGCCAUAGUGCAGUGCUGAACAUUAUUUAAUGAUAAUAGUUUCCAAGGCAAUCCCAUGCACAUGCAUAUUUGUUUGCUGUGUUACCAUCGUUUGCUUGAUAGAAGGAUUUUUGAGGCGCUAAUAACGGCAACGCGAACUACGGUCAAUUAAAUAUAGUGCCUCAUCCUCGCCAAUAAUCAACGAUAGUAACUUUCUUGUGCACAACUUUUGAUAUUCAACACAACUUUUAGUUUACAAGAUAGUUUUUAUUAUUCAUGUUCUUUAAUGAUUCCCUGAUGAUUCUCAGGCAUACAUUGAGCCAAAUUUUUAAUUUAAAAAAUAGGUACGCUGAGCGUACAUGUAUCUUCUCAUGGUGAUUGCACUGUUGCCAAGGGCUUCAAUCAAUACCCGGUAGCUUGUAAAAAUAUUAAGAGACUGAUGUUUAAAUGAAUAUAUUUUUCUAUAAACAUCACAAAUAUAUGAUAACUUGAUGGAGCACAAAUCACUGUUUAUGCCAAGUAAAUAUAUCAAAUAGGUCAUAUAUUGAAGGUCAUUCAUCAGUAACAAAUGGUGACAGGUAUGGAAAUUAGAAGUAUAAUCGAUGCAUAUAGUUCGUGAAUAGAAUGAUAUAAUUCAGCAUACCAGAUUCAUGCAACAAUAUUUUGUCGUGGAAGAAAAUCCAAUAAACAAUAGUAGAUUUAGUUUUGUACAUUGUGUGCUGUAAAUAAGAUCCCAUUAUGACAUAUGGUUGUUGUUGAUUGCAAGACAAUAUAGUAUGGGAUAGGGGAAGGGGGAUAUAAUUUGUUUACCUGGUGUUUUUGGCAAUGACAUUUAGUUGCAGAAAUCAGGGUGGAUGAAGAAGGGAGCACCCCCAUUGUUCACUUAUACUAAGCAGUAUUAAAGCGUAGCUAUAAAUGUUAUUUUAACUCUAGGUACCUGCGGUGAACAAAGUUCAUACAAAAUCCGCACCAACAUCUCCACAACAGAUGAUUCUCGAUUACCAAGCUUUCUCACGACUUACACUGCAACAACAGCUACGUAUCCUGGAUCAAAAUCCUGUUCUACAGAAACUAUUUCCAGAAUUACAUGCACCAAAUUUGAAAAGUAAGUAGGCAGAGUUGCGGAAGGAAGAAGAGAGCGUUAUCCAGAAGUUUGUGCGUGUGUCUUUAAAUUAACACCCGCUUGAUUCCUUCAAUAUAUUAUAUUAUCUGAUUGUAACUAUUUGUCACUUAAUGGCAUCACAAUAUUAUUAGCAGCGGAGCUAAAAAUUUGCGGUGGUGAUUGCGCCUCGUUGCCAUUUGAAAAAAGUGUUUUCUGCAUGUCUCUACCAAUUAACAUCGCAGGUUAGAAUUCAUAAUACUGAACUAAUUCGCCUGCAUAGCAGACGAUUUUUUGGGGGAGGACUUGUGGGCGGGAAAAUUAGGGUGGGAGAACGGCGCCGGGCGGAUAAAAAGUCACGCCCGUCCUUUUCUCCUCCCGCGGACUUAGUGGACCUUUAUGUUUAGGGGAACAGUUUAAACUGGUAGUAUAACUCCCUGGUGAAACAAGGAUAAAGUUAAUGGGAGUUGCAUAUUUCGCUCGCGUGUGCCCGCCAACUCUCAUUAACAAUUUUCGCGACAGAAUACUGUAAAUGUGGAAAAAUUUCCGGACCAUUUGCCAACCGAGCGUGCUAGCAAUGCAAAGACUUUCUCUCGGAAAUACAAGCUUCGGUUAUGUCAAUUCUGACAAAAAUGUGCACGCUAAGCGUGCAUGUAUCUGCACCAAAACUAGUGUUGACACAUUUUGGCCAAAUUUUGUUGAUGUAUCUAAAAUAUUUACUCGUCUAAAAUAUCUAGGUCUUUGUGUCAUGUUUGUUCCCUUUUUAUGUCCAACAUUACUUGUAUCUUUUUUCUUGCCGCGGGCGUGAUUUCAUUUUAUGUUAUAGCUACAGUAGCAGCAGUUGUAGAACAAGCGGUAUAAUUGCGCACUAUGUUAGUACUCUCAUGCAAAAUCAGGGUUUGAAAUAUCAUAUACUCUGCAACAUAUCCAAAGCUUGUAUUUACGAGAGCAAGUGGCUUCUUAUUAUAUAACUAGAGGGCACUCAGAGACUGCAUACCUCCGCCCCCAUUGAAUUUCGGUCGUGUGAAAUGCAACUAAGACAAUAGAUAAUGAAGGCUGAAGCUUAAUGAAGUUUAUCAUCUCAUUAUUGUCUAUAGUACUGCGUGCAUACAUUAUACACGUCCUAAUUACGCAUUCAGUGAGUUUUUUUUAAUUGACCGGGAAAAGCAAGACAAAAUUUUGUUCAUUUCUCGUUCAAUUUUUAACCAAAUUCAACCAAAUUUUAACCAGUUCUUCCUUAGCCGAUGGGAAAUGCAUUCAAAAAAUUUCGUAUGAAUAUGUUUGGUAUUUCUUGAGUUAUCGUGCUCACAGACAAACACACACACAUACACACACACAUAUACACACACACACAUACAAACCCAGAUGAUUACAUAACCUCCUGGCGGAGGUAUUUAAGUGGCUUCUUAUUGUUAGCGCGCUCGAUUGGAAAAUGGCCUGGUGUCACAGGACUUUCGCCCCCUCCCCCCAGGAGAUUCGUCCCCCCUCUCAAAAGGGGGGCGAUAUUCCUAGGAAUAUCGCCCCCGGGGGUGAAUACCCUCGGAAUAUCGCCCCCCUUUAGGAUAUUCGCCCCCCAUAUUGUGAUGAUGACGUCAACGUCACAUACCGUAUAUAGACAACAAUGCUUUGCGAGGACAUAAGCGAGACCGCAUGGCGAACAGAGCAUGGCGAGCUUGAUAUUAUUGUAUUUGAAAAACAACUUAUAGUUAAUAAAGCUUGGAUAUUACACAUAUGUGCGAUGUGGUUUAUUAAAAUAAUUUCGUGAUACUUUGAUCUUAUUAGUGCCUGACACGUUUGAGAAUUUAACUCUGCAAAACUAAAACUUUUUUGUCUUUUUUGAAAUGUAUUAUUGGAGUAUUGGCAAGUUUCAGCCUAGUCCCAGUCGUUCUGAAGCAAGCGCGAGAAAAAACGUGGAUGUAGUACAAGACUGGGACCUAGGUGUGACGUCACCGCUAAAGGUUCUUCAGAACGCCUAGCAGAUUUCAGUAUUUUUAAUAUGGCGAAAAAUUUAUAUAUACAAAUAACCUUGUAAAUAGUCUUCAUUGAUCAUGUUCGAUGUCUACAUAACCAAAUUCAAACUGUACUAAAAAUGUGCUCAAUUAAAAAAAAUUAUAUACAAUAUAUAAACGUUGAUGUUAUUUAUAUACUCGCAAGUUGUGAUCAACACUAGACCAUACUGGUAUACAUAACUACGCUUUCUACUUGACAAGUUUGAGUAGCUGAGGAGAUUGGAAAUAUUUGCCUGACAUGACUGUGUUGUCAAAACAUUUUUAGUCGGAGACUCGGCAUAAUUUUCAAGCUUCUAGAUAGCAUUUAAUAUGGCUUUAUAUUUUAGUAAACACGAGUCAGAUUUAGUAGCCUUAGAAACGUAGCCUAUUUUAUUGUUCCGAUAGAUUAGAGCAAAACUAAUUACUUAAUUAUAAACGCAAAGGAAAUUUCCAUAACAUUUUCUAUUUACGAAUGCGGCAUGCUUGGUAACCAGGUCAGGGACCACUUUUAAAAUCAGGGACCAUUUUACCGAACUCUGCUAGGCUCUCUCGCUGAAGCGUUCCGCACAGCACACCCAGGCAUUAAACUUUUAAGACUUAUUUAAAUAUGUCAAAGCAGCGAAUAGAAAGAGAGAACCUGGUACUAGGCUGGGCAAGUUUUACCAUUCUGAGAUUUAAAAACUACUAUUGAAAUAAUGCAAGAAAAAACAGUAAGUUUCAUAUAUACGCGCAUUCACUAAUGAGUAAUGACAACUUAUAAGCCAUACAUUUUCAAAUAACGACAAAACGUGGAUGCUAAAGAAUUUUAACAAUACUUUAAUAUAUUUCUAUUUAAUUUAUUUCAUCUAUUUAAUUUAUAUUUUGAAAUUCGAUCAAUUCCAUCAUGUUUAACUUGUCAAUACAAUAAUAAUGUGCUUCAGUGUUUACAACAUAACAAUACGCUGAGGUUCAAAUUUGGCAAACAUGCUAUAUUGACUACUGUUAACAAUAACAAUGAAACUAAACGUAUUUCUUCUAUAAACACGAUAGUAAAUUUAUAGCUUAGCCUUAGCUGAUGUUGUGGUAUAGACCUAAAUACCAUAAACACGAUCUAUAUAUAAGAAUUACCUAACCAAUUCAAUUAUUUCCAAUCAAUGAAUAAUUUUGUGAAUACUGCAUCGGUAGAGACAAGUAGAUUUUUAGUGCUCUUUAUAAUGAAAUUAAACAGUUUGAUUAUAAAAAAAAACAUAUACUGUAGUUUAUGCAUGUAUCAGUUAAAAAAACAAGUCUUCACAAUACCAACAAUUGCAAUAACCACCACGGUGAUUACUUUUUAACAAUGAGUUUAAGGAUUAACACCGAAAAUGCAAAAUAUGCAUGGUGUGCUGUGAAGCGUACGAUAAGUCCUAUUGAUCUACUGUAUGCCCUUUCGAUACAUGUAAUUGUAAAUUUGUAUUCUUAACAAUUUUGAAUUGAUACUGAUUUCAAAUUACUACAGGCAAGCCAUGUAAUAAUUAUCCUAUGCAACUAUUAGGAAGUGAGAAAUUUUGAACGGAGGACGAAAAUCCUAAAGAAAGGUGGCGAUAUUACUAGGAAUUUCGCCCCCCUGGGGGGGGGAUUGUAGGAGGGGGGGGGGCGACAUUCCUGGGACACCGAAACUUUGUUUGCAGACGAAGGGGUCGCGAACACUUAGCCCCAUUUAUAUAAGUAUAUAUGUAAAAAUCCUAUAGUAGGAGAAAAAGAUAUCUGGUUUGAAAACUGACAUGAAAUAGUUUUUAAUUUUAAUUAACUUUGGUUAAUUAUCUUUCUUUCCAGAAAAGCGCGAUUUUAGCGUAUCAAAGGACCCACGACCGUACGCACGACUGAAGGGACAGUCAACAUCAACCAGUGCAGCUCAGCCACAGGGUCAAUCAAAAGCGAGGUCAUCGAUAUCUGCUGUCACCAGGUAACCAUAGAGAGCCGAUUUGAAUAUAGCCUGCGAACAGGCGUUUAUUCAGUUGUUCGCAUACUUUGAAUAGUGACAAUAAUGUACAUCAGUCAACCUAUAGUAUAUCGCCCAACCUUUCCCAUGCACGGUGCAUCAAAGCAAUUAUUGCAUGGGUAAGGUAGGAGUGGAUCAAUCAGCCAAUCAGCGCAGCUGGAAAAUUCCCGGCAGGAAAUUUUUAACGAAAUGUCUUCACAGGAAAUUUUGUUAGACAUUGCAGUAAAUUUUUGUCAUCCUAUAUAUAUAUAUAUAUAUAUAUACUGGAAUGCCAUAUAAUCUUUUUGUUAUCCCAAAAUUUAAAAAGCGUUUUGCACGUCGUGAUAAACUUCAUAGUUUAUCACAAUGUGCGGCAUCAUUUUAACUGAUGACUCAAGUUCGAUAAAAUAAGAAUGAUAUCAGAGCAUGAAGGAUUUGUUUUGUAAUAUCGAUAACCUCAAAUAAUUGCCUUUGUUAUUAUAGUAAUGCAAAUUUGUUGGUGGUUUUGAGAGCUUCUAAAGCAGGAAAUUUUCAGGAAGUAAAACGUUUUGUUGAAUCUGGUGGUGAUGUUAAAGAAAAAGACGACAAUGACAACACAGUUCUUCAUUAUGCUGCAUGUUCUGGUUCAUUAGAAAUAGUUAAAUAUGUGGUUGAACGUGGUGCUGAAGUUAAUUGUUUAAACGUGUCGAAUACAACUCCGCUACAUUAUGGCGUUAAUUGUGGUUCGUUAGAAAUGGUAAAAUAUUUAAUUGAACGUGGAGCUAUGGUAACAUCUGAACACAAGCAAGGCAAUUGGACAGUUCUAUAUUUGGCAUGUUACAAGGGAAAUCACCUGAUUGUUGACUAUCUUCUUCAACACGGAGCGAUCAAAGACAUAGAUAGUUACGAUGAUGGGCAACCUUCCCCAUUAAGCGUAACAUGCAUUCACGGACAUACAGCGGUGGUCCAAACAUUACUGAAGUAUAAUGUUGAUAUACGAAGACAGGAGAAGUAUAUAUGUGGCAAUGAUGAGAUCCUCAAUAUUCUCAAACUGGAAUUAAAGAAGUCCAUUAAACAUGAGGAGAAAAUUCAGGCUUUGAAAGCAAUGGAUGGUGAAAAGAUGAGAAAGGUAAUAUAAUUCAUGCAAUUAUUAUUACAUUUUACGUAAUUUUACAUAUCUAUUGGAUUUAAAUGAUCAAGGUAGGCCUAUACAGUGACUAUUUGAGCCAUUCCUUGGCUAAAAGCAUCCGUAAUAGUUGUAAAAAAACACAGUGUUUACAGUUUACACGCUUUCAGUAAUUUUAUUCAUUAGAUAUAGCUUUAAAAAAUAUACCUCUACUGUUAAACAAAACUUUGUGGCUUUGCGAAAACGCAGCUUCGUUUAGUAGAAAAAUUUGGACGUCUGUACCCGGAACGAAACGGGAAGCCAUUUUGUUUUUGUCCGGAGGUGAAUAGUGCAAGAAUAUCCAGAGCUGAGCAACCAAUCAAAUUGCACAAAAGGCGAUCCACCUCCCGAGUACAUGAUAAUAUGUUUUAUUAACGCUUAUAACAUGCAUGUAUAGCGGACGCUGCAUGCUUGCGAGCAACAGAUAUAACCAUGCAUUCUUUAUACUGUACAGGGUGUAUCAAAAAAGCGCAACCUCGGAAUUUCCCAAGAAAUCGACAUUGUUUUAAAGACAAAAGAUUUUAGGCGCCUGGGAAUUUAAAAUAGCAUAACUGUCAAAACUACUGCACACGCGAGUGCAUAAAGCAAAAUUUAUGCAUUUAUUUAAUGCACAACAACAGUAAUAUGAUCUACUAGCAAUUCGAUUUCAAUUCCCAGGGGCCUAAAAUCUUUUAUGCUUAAGAAUUGCAAAGUGUUUCUUAGGAAAUUCCGAGGUUGCGUUUUUUUUAUACACCCUGUAUAAUACAUGAGCUUAAAUACAAAUUGUUUCAAAAAAGUUGCGUUGCUUUUUGGUCAUAUUUGUUUUGUUGUGGUAAAUGUUAAAACAAUUAUUCACCUCAUUGUCGGUGAAAAGUGCAAGGAUUUUCAUCACAUCAACGCUUCGCGUUCCGGUGAUUAUCCUUGCAACAUAUUAACCUUGGACUUUGGCAAAGUUCUUCGUCUUUGUUUAUACAGGGUGUAUAAAAAAAAUGCAACCUCGGAAUUUCCCAAGAAAUCGACAUUGUUUUAAAGACAAAAGAUUUUAGGCGCCUGGGAAUUUAAAAUAGCACAACUGUCCAAAUUACUGCACACGCGAGUGCAUAAAGUAAAAUUUAUGCAUUUAUUUAAUGCACAACAACAGUAAUAUGAUCUAUUAGCAAUUCGAUUUCAAUUCCCAGGGGCCUAAAAUCUUUUAUGCUUAAGAAUUGCAAAGUGAUCUCUCAGGAAAUUCCGAGGUUGCGUUUUUUUUUAUACACCCUGUACAGGGUGUCCCAAAACGUGACACAAAAGAAAUUAUCCUAUUGUUAUAAGUUGAAUGCCUGAACACUAUGAUGAACACAAGAGUGCGUAAACACAAUUGAAUUGAAUUUUUAAUUACCAGGUGCAUGAAAUCCUUUGCUUUAACAACAAUACUAUAAUUUGGGGGACACCCUGUAUUAUAAGCAACAAAAACAAAGUAAUUUGCCAAAAAUUGAAUUUCGGGAAGUGAGAGGAAGGACUUUUCCAACUUGCAGCGCGUCAAAUUUUACAUACCCAAAAACGGGUCGGUAACGCUGUCCUAUACAGGGUGUCUCAAAAAAAACCAAAAUCAUUGAAAUAACGUAUUGUUCGAAUUUCAAUGCCGUAACACAAAGGAUUUUGACAGGGUGAUUAAUUUGUUUUAAAAAAUUAAAAUAUCUUUGUAAAGUGAACGUUUGUUUGCUCAUGGGAAUUUUAAAAUGCUUCGUAAAUUCGUGGGUUUAGUACUUUAUGCCUGACAUAACAAGUUUACGCUGAGUAUUACCAUUCAUUAUAGCAGUUAUGUCAAUCUUUUAUGCACUCGUGGGAUUAACUUAGUGCUAGGGCAUUGAAUAUCGAACAAUACGUCAAUUUCAAUGAUUUUGGGUUUUUUUGAGACACCCUGUAUUGUUGUACUCGCUUUGUUGAUCAGAGGGAACCUGAUAGAAACAAGCCAGUCAAAGCUCUUGGUUAUUUCAAAUUUAUAUAGAUAGACUUCUAAAAGUUCCAUGUAACACAGGAAAUAGCACAAAUUCUACGUCCUGUAUGUUUAUUGAUAGUCACAUUUUCUCCACAGUUUUGGCGUGAAACGCAAACGAAAAUGCAGCAAGCGAGACAAGUUGGGUGUAGAUAAAAGACGGACGGUGGAGCAUUUUAUAAUCACAUGAUUACUACCGCAACUUAUUAUAAGUAUAGGUAAUACAGGGCUGCAAAUUACUGUCGGACAAUGUCCGACUAAAUUUGGCAAAUGUCCGAGCAAAAGUAAUUUUGAUCGGACAUUGGUCCGAUCACAAAAAAAAAUUGUCACAUUAUACAUUUUUUUGCUGUGACAAAAUCCGAUUGCAAAUUUGCAUUUUGCAAUAAGGCAUUCUUACUAGCAUUUUACUUAACGUUGCGCCGAAAUGGCUAUACAUACUUGUCUCGUGACUUAUAUACAUCUUUUGACGUAUAUAUGUCCGACCAAAUUUAGUGAGGUUGGUUUUUGUCCGACCAAAUUCAAGUUAUGUCCAACCAAAAUUAAAAGUGAUCGGACAAAUGUCCUGUCAAGUCAAAUAUUUAUUUGCAGCCCUGGUAAUAGCAUGGUUUCGAGUGCAAUUUGGAUAUAACAUGCACGAGUGAGUUUUUCAAAGACCUCAACAUAGCACGAGUCCGAAGGACGAGUGCUAUUUGAGGUCUUUGAAAAACUCACGAGUGCAUGUUUAUCCAAAUUUCACGAGAAACCAUGCUAUUACUUAUUAAUAAUUUACACUCGACUAUUUAAUUUUUGUUAGUCUUGUUUAAGGUAAAUGCUUUUCCAUUUAAAAAUAAAGAUAAAAGCCAUAUUUUCCACGCGAAGGCAACUUUUACUUUGUGUAGCGCGGCGCCAUGUUUGUUUUGUUUUGAAGCAAUCUGUGACCGUUACUUCUUUAAACUAAAUUGCUUUAAACUGAUAGGUUGAUUUAAUCAUCACAAUGUUUUUCCACCAAUCAGAUAAGUUUGUUACAGAUUUUUGCACUGUGAUCAUAGAUAGCCCAAAAAUGCGUGUUGAAAUUUUUAACCUCACGCGUGGCGCUCGGGCAUGCAUCGAGUCUACUCAGUUUAAUAAUAAACUGAGUAGAGUCGAUGUAUGCCCGAGAGCCACGCGUAAAAAUGUCAACACGCAUUUUUGGGCUGCCUAUGCUGUGAUUACAGAAAAUUGCACUGCUGUUUGGGAUUAACUGCACUGAAAUCAACCAAUCACAGUCGAGUAAUAUCUUUAUAUAUAUUAUUAAGUCUAUAAUACCCUAAAUUAAAGUAUACCAGCCUUACAUCUGUAGAAUGAAUAUGUUUUCACCCGUUCGAAUUCUUAGAAAUGAAAUUUUUUAAUCAGCAUUCAAUACGUAUGUAUGAUAGGCUAUACGUUGUCUUUCUCAGGAAACGUUUGGAAAUAUUGUGAAAAAGCGCCUUAAUAGACCUACCAGGAACAGAAGCAAAAAAUGCAACUUUAGGUCCCUGGCAGGAAUUGAACCUGCGAUUCCCAUGCAAUCCCCGUUUUACUUAUAAACCUAAGAGCCAAGGCUCGAAUUUUAUCGCGGCAAUUGCCGUAGAGGGAGAACAAAAUGCCUUGGAUCAUUGCGGCAACGAUGGCAAUUUUUUGCCGUAUAGUCCAAUUUUUGUACUAUUCACUGUGCAUUACUAUUUUGAUACUUGAAUUCAGAUGUUGAUCAAAUCAUGCGUAAAUCACUAUUUUAGUCUCAGUUUUCUUCGGAAAAAAAACACUAAAGAAAUACGUAGACAUGUUUCUAGCUUGUCAAAAAUCCAAAGUAACAAUAAAAUUAAAGUUUUAUUACAGUAAUUUGAAAAAUGCCGUGGAAACUGUCAAAAUUGCCGUAGACAGCUGUUACGUUCUACGGCAAUUUUUAACGUCAUUGCCGUCGAUUGAUUUCAGGGAAAUUCGAGGCCUGCUAAGAGCUUCACAUGUAGCAAAUGCCCUAUUUGUAUGCGACGACUAUUCUAUAUAUGGACUUUAGAAAUAUUAUAUAGCUAUAGGGCGGACCUAAUGCUGCUCGAUCUUUUUCUGUCGUUCAAAGGCUCCGCUUGAACAUUUUUUUAAUUUCGUGGGCACAUAAAAAAUUUCGAAAUUAUUUUUUAUACCACAGGUUGGACCACCAGCAAUAUCUUUUGCUGCCCAGAUGUCUUUUGCCCUUGGAAAAGGUUCUUUCGGUACAUGUGUUUAUGUUGGUGUCAUGGAAGAUGGCACUGAAGUGGCUGUAAAGAGAAUGGUGUCACAAGCAGCUGAACCUUUGGCUCAGAAUGAGAUAGAGAUCUUGAGUCGCAGUGCUGAAACGGAACCUAAAUCACCAUACAUAGUGAGCUAUCGACAUUUUCUCCGAGACAACGACUUUAUGUAUCUAAUUUUGGAUCUCUGUGAAGAAACAUUGCAGGAACACGUUCAUUCUCAAACAGAUGAACAUAUACGAGAACAUGGUCCACGCAUGAUCAAAGAAAUAUUAAGUGGUCUUGAAUUCCUGCAUGGUUUAGGAAUUUUGCACAGAGACCUCAAACCAUCAAAUGUUUUGGUUGAUGUCGAUGGUCACAUGAGA